AUGGCGAGUGCUGGCGAUGACGAUCCCGAUUCGUGCUCAGCGACGUCAGCUGACGAGCCGCUGGAUGACGCUGUCAGAGCAAAGGACGCAUUGAGGUCGGAGAUAGAUAAUUUGGCGCACAUGUGUUCCGGAAUCGAGAAGAUAUCCGGCAAAGUAAGCAACUUCAAGAAUUUCACGAGCCCCGGGUUGCAUAAGUCACAUAAGUACACAGGACUGGCAGCAGUAGCUUACGGAGUGAUCAAGAGGACGAAUGAGAUCGUCGAGGAGCUCUUUAGGCAGAUUGAUUCCACAGCCAAGACUAGGAACGAUGUGAGGGAACAGAUGGAUCAGAGGAAUUACGAGAUCGCCAUUGAGGUUUCUCAGCUGGAAGCCACCAUCGGUGGCUUGAGAGAAGAGGUUUCCAAGAAAAGCUCUGUCAUAGAGGAGUUGGAGAAAGGCAUCGUUGACAGGGAUGAGAAGAUUGCUGAGAUGGAGAGAGAGAUGUCUGGUAAAGUGCAUUCGGUGGAGAGUGAAUCUCUUGAGCUGAGGCAGUUGAUUGGUGAGUAUGAUGACAAGUUUAGGAGUUUGGAAUCAAAGAUUGAUUCGCAGCAGCCAUUACUGAUUGAUCAGUUGAAUCUCGUAAGCAGGAUUCAUGACCGGAUUUACGAAGUUAUUAAGAUUGUUGAUGGUGAUAAUUUGGACCAAUCUGAGUUAUCGGAGUCCUUGUUUAUGCCUCAAGAGACUGGUUUGGAUGAGAAUAUACGUGCUUCUUUGGCUGGGAUGGAAUCUAUCCAUGAGUUGGCCGGAGUUCUUGUUGAAAAGUCAAGAGCUUUAGCAGACGAGAAGAGUCGUGAAGUUAAAAGGUUGAACGAAACUGUGGCUCAGUUGGUUAGAGAGAAGGAGCAAAUUGGUUCUUUGCUUAGGAGUGCUUUAUCAAAGAAGAUGGUAUUCGAUCGAUCAUCUAAAACAAGUGAUUUGUUUCAAGCAGCAGAGAAUGGUUUAAAGGAGGCUGGAAUUGAUUUCAAAUUUAGUAAGCUUCUUGGGGAGGGGAAGGUUUUGUCCUCCCAAGAAAAGGCCAAUUUGCCUGGUACAGAGGAGGAUGAAAUAUAUACCUUGGCUGGUGCUUUGGAGAAUAUUGUUAAGGCAUCACAACUUGAAAUCAUUGAGCUGCAGCAUUCUGUGGAGCAAUUGAGGGCAGAGUCAAGUUUACUUAAAGAGCAUAUAGAGGCACAGUCAAAGGAGCUCAGCCAUAGAAUGCAUCGAAUAGAGAAACUUGAAGAGAAGGAGAGAGUAGCUAAUGAAAAUGUUGAAGGGCUUAUGAUGGACAUUGCUGCUGCUGAAGAAGAAAUUACAAGGUGGAAAGUAGCAGCUGAGCAGGAAGCAGCUGCUGGUCGAGCAGUUGAACAGGAGUAUGUGUCACAGUUGUCAGCACUUAGACAGGAGCUUGAAGAAACAAAGCAAGCUAUGUUGGAAUCAGAGAAGAAGGUAAAAUUUAAGGAAGAAACUGCAGCUGCAGCCAUGGCUGCUAGAGAUGCAGCUGAGAAAUCUUUGAGAUUAGCAGAUAUAAGGGCGUCAAGACUGAGGGACAGAGUGGAGGAGCUCAGCCAUCAGCUUGAAGAACUUGAAUCCCGGGGAGAUACGAGGGGACUUAACAGAUCUAGAUAUGUGUGCUGGCCUUGGCAAUGGCUUGGGCUGGACUUUGUGGGAUUCCAGAGGUCGGAAACACAGCAGCAAAUUUCAAAUGAAAUGGAGCUUUCUGAGCCACUUAUCUGA